ACUAGAAAUCGGUAAACAAAGAAAGAGUAUUGGAAAAAUCUUAAUGCUUUUUCAUUAAAUCGUUCACACUGCACGUAAUCAAUCAACCAGCAAAGUGCGAAAAAUAGUGCAGAAAUAAAAUAAAGCUAAAGACAAUUGUAAUCAAUUUCCGUGCCUUUGUGGCAGCGAUAAGCUAAUGCGCACAUAAGCCCUGUAAACAGCGAAGUUGAGUCAGCGUCUUUAGUUGUUCAUAUGGUCAGUUUGGGACCAAAUUUCAACGCAAAUAGGCAGGGUGCUCAGUACAUGAAUAUGGGUGAUAAUCGAACAUCAACUACUAGUGGCGCUAUCGUGGGUGUGGGUGCAAGCAGCUUGGGAAAUGAUACACAGGAGCUGCUCGACCCAGUUUUGAGCUCGAACACAGAUGGAUCCUUUAAAUCGCUUAAAACUAUACCGUCUUUUAGCAUUCAUUUGUUGAUUUCGAAUGUAAUCUCAUUUGUUGGUAUUUUGCUUGCUGCUGCAUGGCCGGAGGACAAACGUUGCGAAGCGUACUUUAUUAUGCUAUACUUACGUGCUACGUUUUGGGUGAUAACUUUUCUAUUCGAUCACCUGAUUAAAAAACAGCACGAUGAUUUGCGCAUGAAUGGCUAUCAUGAAUUCCACCGCGCCACUGCCGUGCAGAAGGGUUUACCACUGAUUGUGGUAUCAUUAUGGAACUCCAUGCUAUUGGCUGUGCAAGCAGGCAUACAUCACUACUAUGGCGUGAAUUUCUGGCAACAUUGCGCACAAGGUUUCCUCUCACCCGUCUCGUAUGUUGUAGGCUUCAACAUGCUCGAAACGUUUGUACUAAGUGCAACUCAUGGUUGCUAUAUUUCUAAAGUACGUAAAUUUAACAAAGCUGCACCACCGCCCGACGCACUACGCGGCGGUAAUAACGCCUCCGGUUCUUUGGGACUAAUGCAACCUGGAGGUAAUACGGCUGAACUAUUGGAGAAACAGGCCGAUCUCAUUGCCUACCUGAAGGACCACAAUCAGAAACUCAACCAGAAAUUGCACCAAAUGCAGCUGACUGCGCGCACUGUGAAUUUGACACAUUAAUGCAGUUGAAGGGCAUACAAAAUAUUCUAAAUGAAAAUUAAGUUAGUUUCGGUACAUCUGCUUUUCUUUAAAGUGAAUAUUCUCUAUAAUGUUCAAUACUAUAUACUUAACCUAUAACUUGUUGCAAUCUGUAUUAUUACAAAAUGUUAUUACGCACUAAUUCAGUUUUACUCCUUUUAUCGACUACUAACAAUUUUAUGGGUAACUAUUUUAUACACUUCAAAUAAUGUCGAUUUUAUCGAAAACAACACAAAUUUGGCGUAUCA